UGUUAGAAUUAGAUAACGUUUGGGUAAAACGUGCACGACAGUGUAGUCGUGUCCAUCAGCUAAAUACCCAAGAUGGCAAGUUCAAUAAAUGAAAUUGUUACACAAGCAAGUGAAAAUGUUACUGAACGAAAUAAUGGAACUUCCACUUCGACUCCCGAAGGAAUAGCUAUAGCUUAUGGAAGCCUUGUAAUAAUGGCGAUAUUACCAAUUUUUUUUGGUAGCUUCCGAGCUGUUAAGCACCAUAAGGAGCAGCAGCAACAUUAUAAAGCCAAAGGCGAACAGCCUGAUACAAUGUCUCUGAAAGAAGCAGCAAUGUUUCCUUUAAUUUCCAGCUUUACAUUAUUUAGCUUAUAUAUAUUAUAUAAGAUAUUUACUAAGGAAUAUGUGAACCUAAUUUUAGUUGGUUAUUUCUUCUUUCUUGGAAUUUUAGCUUUAUGCCAUCUUACAAGUCCUUUGAUUUCUUCAUUGGUUCCUGCUGUGAUUCCAAAAACUCCAUAUCAUAUUCAAUUUACAAAAGGAGAAGGUGAUCAUACUAAGCAUAUUAUCAAUUAUAAAUUUAAUCUUCAUGAUAUAGUUUGUUUAAUAUGUUGUUCUAUUGUUGGUGCUUGGUAUCUUUUAAAAAAGCAUUGGAUUGCCAAUAAUUUAUUUGGAAUUGCAUUUGCAAUUAAUGGUGUUGAAUUAUUACAUCUCAAUAAUGUUGUCACUGGAUGCAUUUUACUUAGCGGUCUUCUUUUUUAUGAUGCUUUUUGGGUAUUUGGUACAGAUGUAAUGAUAACAGUAGCAAAAUCAUUUGAGGUGCCAAUGAAGCUCGUUUUUCCACAAGAUCUUUUAGAGAAAGGUCUUAGUGCUAAUAACUUUGCAAUGUUAGGCUUAGGAGAUAUUGUUUUACCUGGAAUUUUUAUUGCUCUUUUAUUGAGGUUUGAUAAUAGUUUGAGCAGAAAAACAAAUGUAUAUUUUUAUGCAACAUUUUUUGCUUACUUUAUGGGAUUACUUAUAACAAUAUCGAUAAUGCAUUUGUUUAAACAUGCACAACCUGCUCUGUUAUAUCUGGCACCUGCUUGUUUAGGAACGCCAUUAUUACUAGCAUUAGUCAAAGGAGAUCUCAAAGCUUUAUUUUCAUAUGAAGAUCAUCCUGCUCAAACAACAAAUACAGUACAACAGUCAGAACAAACAACGCAAACUCAAGUAGAAGUAAAAAAAGAUAAAUAAAUUUUCAGAUUACCAUAAGUGAUAUGGCAUUCCUGUUAUGUUACUAUUGGUUAUUUCAUAAAUUCAUUAUGAAUAGAAAAAAAACAUCUGUUUUCUAUAAUAUAUAUAAAAUCUACCUUGCAUAUUAAGUUAAUUUAUUUUUAAAUAAAUACAAUAUGCAAGUUAGAUGCUGUGAUGGCACAAAAGUCAUUUCAUUUAUCAUUCGGUGCAUAGCAGUUUGCACUUUCUGUGCAACUAUUCCUAUGUGUAAUAAUAUUUAUGAAGUACAAUUUUUUGUGAAAAUUCCUCGGACUUGUAUUUCUUGUAUUAAUUUUGAAAAAAUUUCUUAGUGAUAAUCUUUACAUUGUAAAAUCAAUUUUAUAGCACAUAGUAAACAAAAAUUGAUAUAAGUUCACCACAUCAUAUAAUGCAA